GCCCCUUCAGCGCCUCACCUACACCUCAAAUUUCUUUGAACUCACGACCGCCUGGUACGAACAUAUACGCAGACUUAGGGAGACAGACCACACGCCUCGUUGUUGAGCGGGGGACGCCCAUACUACUCCGGCAAUUAGGUUGAAGAUGAUGCAGCUAACUCACGGCAUUUACAAGUUCUUGAAUCGACAGAGCGGGACCGCGAUGGAUGUGGUAGGGGAUUCCGUCGUAGGUAUGCCGCCUAGUUUGUCAGAGACCCAAAAGUGGGAGAUCAUGCCCUUGGGGGACGGAUUCAUGAUCCGAAACGUCCAAACGCAGAAGUACCUCUCUGUCAAGACGCUCUUCCGGACCUCUCCCGUCGUGGCGACAAGUUACCCGACAGCAUGGCACAUCAAUAGGGUAUAUCUUCCUGAUGAGAAUGCGGUGUUUUAUGAGUGAGUUUUGGUCCUUGUCCUCGUUAUCUUUGCUUUGGUAUUUUAGCUACUACGUUCUCUUCGUGAUCUUUCAUCUGCCCUUAUGUGAGCAUGUGUGUUAACGAUAUUGUUAUCU